ACUGCACGGUUAGUCUGGCACACCAGAGAGACAAGAGUUUCCUUAUUUUCCUAGUCACCAUGAAAACGGUCAUCCAAAUCUUGUGCUUCUUCCUUUUAAUAACUUUUUACAAAUGUGCAGUCAUCACUGGGGCGUGUGAGAGGGAUCUGCAGUGUGGAGCCGGGACAUGCUGUGCAAUCAGCCUGUGGCUUCGAGGGCUAAGGAUGUGCACUCCACUGGGACAGGAAGGAGAUGAAUGCCACCCAUUCAGUCACAAGGUCCCUUUCCUUGGAAAACGCCAACACCACACUUGCCCGUGUUUGCCAAACUUUAUAUGCUCCAGGUUCAUCGAUGGCCGAUUCCGGUGUUCAGUAGACUUCAAGAACAUAGACUUUUAGCAAACAGGACGGCGCUUCAGAGCCCUUCCCAGCUGGAGAACCGGGCAGCACUACUCUCAGAAAUGAGCACCACCUGCCGCCUCUUUUUUUUAUUUCUCUUCACCACCACCAAUUAUUCUACACAGUGAGUGUAAAGACAAAAAAUAUGGGCAGAGGGAGAUUUUCAAAGGCACAAAUAACAUUAAGCACUGAUUUAGCAUUGCUGUCAGUAGAUCUCAAAGCACGUUACUAAAGAGGUUAGCAUCAUUAUCCCCAUUUUAUAGAUGGGGAAAACUGAGGCACAAGUAGGCAAAGUGAAUUACCCAUGGUCACUCAGCAGACCAGUGGCAGAGCCAGGAAUAGCACCUUGGUCUCCUCAGUCCAAGUCCAGUGCUUUGUCCACUAGCCUGUGCGUACUCGCUUAACUCCCAUUGACUUUCAAUGAGUUGGGUGCCUAACUGCCCUUUGAAAAUUUCCCCCAACAUCUUCUGAAAACGCCACUUUGCAUGUAACAAAAGGGAUGCUGUCAACAAUACUUCAGACCCAACAUUUAUUUUAUAUAGCGGAACAAAGGGGUUUUACUAGAAAGAUUUUCAAGAUUAAAAGAUUAGGGCAAAUUGUGUAACCCUCACUCAUCUGCUUAAGUGAUUUCUCACACAAAUAAUGAGAAUAACAGCACAGGGGUUAAGGCAUUGAGCUCAUACUGAACAGUUGAGAUGCUUGAAUAAAAAUAAUACAAGACUGGAGGCAGAGGCAGGCUGCAGCUUAUGGCAUCCACUGUCUGAUCUGCUCCAUGCAGUCUACACCAGAGCUCCACCCUGCAAAUGGAAGAUGAACUUUGGCCUCUGCAGCCAAACCCCACAUCCUUGCACACCAACAACAGCUGCUCCAUGCAGUCCUGUUGUAUCCAGUGCAUCUACUCUGGGAGCAAGUACUGAUCAGAGCAAGUACAGGCUUUACAAUCAGGCUAGUACAGGGGAAUAGGAACUGAAACAGAAAAUAAACAGCAGGUGAAAUUAACCAGCAUAAUUUCAUUAACCAACCACAGUGAAAUGCUAAACUGAAGACCAGCUCUGUGGAGCUCAAAAACUGGUCUCUGUCACCAAACAGAAGUUGGUCCAAUGAAAGCUAUUACCUCACCCCUGCAUGUGUCUCUCAUAUCCUGGGACCCACACAGCUACUACAACAUUGCAGACUAAAUAGUGUAAGUUCUUUUUUCCAUUUCAUUUUUGAAAGUCUCAGCUAGUCAGAGAAACUUUGAUAGAACCAUAUUUUGUGAGAACCUACAGGUCCAUCAAAUCAAAAUGCUUUGCAAAACUUGGUUGUUUGCAGUGGAAUUUCCUUUUAGAAGAGAAUUGGGGGAAAAAGCUCCAACAAUAUCAAAAUGGGAUUGACAUUUUCAGAAUAAAA